CCCGCGCCACGAUGGCGCUCUCUCACCUCUCCCGGCGCCUCCUGAGCCCAACGGCGGCCGCCGCGAUGCACCUAUCCAAGCCCUUCGCUUAUGGCCGCAACCCAUACAUCCUCUUCCACCCCGGCCUCUGCUUCUUUUCCACGUCCCCAGAUUCCAGCCCCAACUCCUCCGCCUCCGGGCCCUCGGACCCCAACCCCAGCGCGGGCUCCGCGCCCGCCUCGCCGGAAUCGAUGCGGCACCAGGAGAUUGAGGGCCCCACGGUGGACCGCGACACGUCGCCGCUGGCCGACGAGACGCGGCGGGAGCUCGACGCGCUCCGCCGCACCGUGCAGCGCCUCAGCGCCUCGCUCGCGCUCCUCGGAGGGGCGCACCUCGCCGCCGGCGCGUGGAUCGCCUAUGGGGCCGCCCCGUUCGGGGUGGAGUCGGCCACGGCGGUGCAGGGCGUGGUGGCGUUCGCGUUCCCCUUCACAGUCGCCCUGGUGUUGCGCCGCGCCAUCAAGCCCAUCGCCUUCUUCCAGAAGAUGGAGGCCAACGCGAGGCUGCAGGUGCUAACUCUGUGCCUCCAGGCUACGAAGAACGUUAACCUCAUGCUGCUCCGGACGCGGGUGGUGGCCAUCUCUUGUGUUCUCGGGGUAUCUGUUGGGUCAGUUGCUACAAUCUCUGCGGGAAGGAUGGUUAGUGUCAGUAACUGAGGAAUAAGAAAGCACUGGUAUAGGCAAGUAGACUUUGAACUCCGAAAUUUUUGUGCUUUUGAAUGUUGGACACUGUGCUUAGUUUUGGUGAUUGUACACGAGACAAGACUAAGGAGAUCAUAAUGUGAUUGUUUGAAAUGUUUCUAGUACAAUGAUCUUCCUCUUCAGCUGGAUCGAACCAGUUGGAGAAGUUUACCAUCGUCCUUAAAUUUUAGUUGAAUCAGCUCCAUGCUGAUAUUCUGUUUGUUAAUAACGUGGCUAUAACCACACUUUAGAUCGCCUACUGAUCCUCAUACCUCUGAAUUGUGUUUUGGAACCUUUGUGAUUUGGAAAUUUUAUAUGAUCACCUUAUGCUAGAAGACUACUAUUGCUGAUUCAGUUAAUACUGAGAUCAGAUUGUAAUGUAAGCUGCUUAUCUAAUUAUUUGCUCAGUUGUUA